UGUGAAAUGUGUGUAGGGUGCCUGUCUUUUAAUAACAGAUUGUGAAAAGUAAAGAAGUUAAUGAUAUAUUUUAAACUAAUAUCUACAAAUAUUUACUGUAAUUUUCUAAAUACAAGAUGGGAAAGUCAAGAAAAAUACGAAAAGGGAAAGGCGAUGAAAGUGAAUCCGAAAAUGAGUUGAAUACUGAACAGUUAAUAGAAAAAUCAAAUAAAAAAUCUAAAUCGCUCAAAACUAAACCAGCCGAUGUUGAAUCAGAAGAACAAAAGGAUGAAAGUAAAAAGCCGAAGGGGAAGAAAGAGAAAAAGCCUGCUGCGACUGAUGAAAGUGAUAAUGAUGUAGGUGUAACAAAUGUUAAAAAGUCGUUUUCCUUAUUACAAGUUGAAGAUAGUGGUUCUGAGAAUGACAAAAUGCUUGAAGAUAAUAGUGAGAGUGAAUCUAAAUCAUUAAAAAAAGACACUAAAAAGAAAUCUAAUAGUGAGGAAAAUAGGACUAAAGAUCAAGGUGGUAAAAAAGGUAAAAAAAAUCGAAGGAAACGAGAUGAGAGUGAUGAAGAUAUAGAAAAAGUAUUAGCCGAAUUAGAAAUGGAAUAUUCAGGUGUUAAGAAAGAGGGUGUGCCGAUUUCAGAAAUUACCGCUCCUGCAGCAGUUCAGGUAGAUGAAGAAAAAGGAAAAAAAAGUAAGAAUAAAAAAUUAGAGAAGGAAUCUCUUGAAAAACUGCCAGAAGUAGAAGAAGAAUCUAAAACGGAAAAUUCUGGAACAGUGAAGACUGCAGCGCAAAAGAAAAAAGAAAAAAAAGAUAGAGAUAAGCAAAAGAAGUUAACUUCAAAGAGCCAAGAUGACGUCAAAAAGCAGAGUAGCCUGGAUGAAGUAUCUACAGAAGAAAAAAAUGAAAAGGAGAAAAUUGAAGAAGACAAGGUGCUCCCUGAGGGAGACAAAAAGAGUAAAAAGAAAAAGAAAGGUGCUAAAGAUGAAGAAGACAAAGAAGCGAAAGAAACCAAGAAAGGUCCUGGAAAGAAAACAAUUGCGGCGAUGCAAGAAGCACUUAGAAAAUUAAAAGAAGAAGAAGAACGCCUCAAGCGUCAAGAAGAAGAACAGAUCAAGAAAGAAGAAGAAGCUGAGAAAGCAAGAUUGGAAGCACUUAGGUUAGAGCAGGAGCGCAAAGAAAGAAAGAAGCAAAAGGAAAAGGAAAGAAAAGAAAGACUUAAAGCAGAAGGAAAAUUGCUCACUGCAAAACAAAAGGCUGAUAGAGCAAGAGCCCAGGCUCUAAUAGAUAGUUUGAAAGCACAGGGUGUUGAGUUGCCAGAUGUGGGCGAAAGAAAACCUAGACCUGGUACCAGGGUGAAGCCAAGCAGGCAGAAAAAGGAACAGAAUGAAGCUACUACAGAUAAUAUAAGUACUAAUAAACAGGAAGAACAGAAACCAGAAGAUACUGUUCCUGUUAAAGUUGAAAUUACGGAACAAAGCCAAGAAAAAGAUGAAGAAUCGGGAGAUGAUGUUAAAGAUGCCUGGGACGCUUCUUCUGAAGAUGAGGAUUCUGAAGAAACCAAGCCUGCAUCAGAAUCUAAAACUGAUGCAAGCGGACGACAGAAAACCUCUCUACUAAAAGAGGAAGAAGAAGAUGAGAGUAGUUCCGAGGAAGAAUCUGAAGAAGAAGAAAGUGAUUCAGAAUCGGAAGAUGAAACCGACGCCAAAUCCUUAGUGGAGAAAGCCCGAGACAAAGCAUUACAAAGAAUAAAGGCAAGGAAAGAAGAAGCUGUAAAGAAUAGAACCACCGAUAAUCUUAGAGCUGCAAUUGUAUGCGUAUUGGGUCAUGUAGACACUGGGAAAACUAAAAUAUUAGAUAAAUUAAGGAGAACUAAUGUUCAAGACGGCGAAGCUGGUGGAAUCACUCAACAAAUAGGAGCAACGAAUGUACCUAUUGAUGCUAUUAAAGAGCAAAUUAAGAUUGUAAAGGAGGUGAACGAACUGGAACUGAAAAUUCCCGGAUUGCUCAUCAUAGAUACGCCUGGUCACGAGUCUUUUAGCAAUUUGAGAAAUCGCGGUUCAUCUUUAUGUGAUAUAGCGAUUCUAGUUGUUGAUAUUAUGCACGGAUUGGAACCUCAAACCAUCGAGUCGAUAAACUUGUUGAAGAGUAAAAAGACACCUUUCAUAGUUGCUCUCAACAAAAUUGACAGACUUUACGAUUGGCAAACAAUUAGUAGAAAGGACGUCAGAGAUAUUCUCAAGAGUCAGGCGCAAAAUACUCAACUGGAAUUUGAGCAAAGGACUAAAGAAGUUAUCGUGCAAUUUGCAGAACAAGGUUUAAAUGCUGCCUUGUUCCAUGAAAAUCCUGACAUUCGGAGCUAUGUUUCCCUUGUGCCAACUAGUGCCAUCACUGGAGAAGGUAUGGGGAAUCUUUUGGCUUUAAUAGUUGAAUUUUGUCAGACGAAACUGGGACCCCGGCUUAUGUACUCGGACGAGCUUCAAGCUACUGUACUGGAAGUAAAAGCUAUUUCUGGUCUUGGGACGACCAUAGACGUAAUAUUGGUUAAUGGGACGCUUAGAGAGGGCGAUACUAUGCUAUGUGCCGGCACUGACGGCCCUAUCGUCACACAAAUUAGGUCAUUACUUAUGCCACAACCCCUUAGGGAGCUUAGAGUUAAGAAUGCAUAUGUAGAAUAUAAGGAAAUCAAAGCAGCUCAAGGUGUAAAAAUAGCGGCAAAAGAGCUGGAGAAGGCAAUAGCGGGUCUAAAUUUAUAUAUAGCUCAAAAACCUGAUGAGGUUGAAAUCCUAAAAGAAGAGGUAGCAAGGGAAUUGCGAUCGGCACUUUCUAAUAUAAAAUUGGCAGAAAGAGGGGUAUACGUUCAGGCCUCGACUUUGGGAUCCUUAGAGGCACUUUUGGAGUUCUUACGUACUAGUAAAAUACCCUAUUGUGGGAUUAGGAUCGGUCCAGUUGUUAAAAAGGAUGUAAUGAAAGCAUCUAUUAUGUUGGAACAUGAAAGUCAGUAUGCCACGAUAUUGGCGUUUGACGUAAAGGUGGAACGUGAUGCUCAAGAACUUGCAGACAGUUUAGGCGUCAAAAUAUUUCAGGCUGAUAUAAUUUACCAUCUGUUUGAUAAAUUUAUGGCCUACAGGGAAGAAUUAAAACAGAAGAAAAGAGAGGAGUUCAAACAUAUUGCCGUAUUUCCGUGUAAACUUAAAAUACUACCACAAUUUGUUUUUAAUUCACGUGACCCUAUAGUGUGUGGUGUAAUGGUAGAGGCUGGGAUUAUCAAAGAAGGCACGCCUAUUUGUGUUCCAAGUAAAGAGUUUGUUGAUUUGGGAGUGGUAACUAGUAUAGAAAAUAAUCAUAAACCUGUCGAAAGUGCCAGAAAAGGAAUGGAAAUCUGCAUAAAAAUUGAACCAGUGCCUGGAGAAUCUCCUAAGAUGUUCGGGAGACAUUUUGAUGAAACUGAUUUUCUUGUUAGUAAGAUAUCACGUCAAUCUAUAGAUGCAUGCAAGGAUUACUUCAGAGAUGACCUUCUGAAAACUGAUUGGCAACUUAUGGUUGAAUUAAAAAAACUCUUCCAGAUUUUGUAGCUAUAUUUAUAUUUUUUAAUAAUAUUUUCUAUAUAUAUAUAUAUAUAUAUGUAUACACACAUUAUUUCCAUAUAUUUAUACCAUGCCUUAAUUCUCAUUUAGUAAAUAAAUCAAAGCAGAAACAAAAAAAAAUUAAUUAUCGAUACUGUUGAUUUUUACUAUCAACCAGCUUUUACAAUUAAUUAUACCCAAAUAAACGGAUGGUGGAAUAAGGUCGUUUUAAUUUUUUUACUACUUUAGUAUUUUACAAAUAUUCCGUCACUUUUUGAUUUCCUAUCUUUUUGUGCACAAAAAUUGGGUACAAAAUAUUUAAUUUCCGAUUAUCGUUUCAGGUGACAGUUUGUGAAAGUUUGUGCAUGGAAACUAUUUUUCUCGCAACUGCAAAGAAAAAUACACAAUCGAUCCUAUGAUUCCAAAAAAGUGAGAUACUUGCAUUGACAAUUUGUUUCAGUUACAUCCAGUACAUCCGAACUUUCACUAAAAAUGUCAUCAUUCUCGAGCAUCAAUAUUAUUUUGAGUAAUUUCAAUUAUAAUACUAUAUUGACUUAAUUUUACUCUUUAAUACAUUUUAUACAGAAUUUUACUUACGGAAAUCAACUGUGAAGGCCAAUAGUUUAAGCUUUAAAAAUUUAGACAAUUCGUGGAUUUAAAGUGUUGUUUUAGUUUUAUAUUUUAAUUUUUGUGGGUGUACUGUUAUUUGAACCCUUUCAUUGCGGGAAACCGAUUCAUAAGCAAAAUGAACCGAUAUCUAGGCAGGCCGGGAGUCAAGGUUUGUUGCGAGAACUGUUCUUAUUUCUAUACAGGGUGUCCACAAAUUUCACCAACAAUGUUUGACUGCAUCUUCACGGCGAUAAAUAAAUACGAUCUAUGGAAAAAAAUUAAAUAAAACUUUUUGGUUUUUGAAUUACAGGCCAUCAAAGU